AUGGCUAUAUCUCAGAGUACUAAGACAGCAGGCCCAAUCGAUCAUGACACAGGUGUCACCUACGAGGGAAGCUGUCAUUGCAAAGCUGUGCUUUAUUCUGUGAAACUGCCGUCGCCGUUAUCACAGUUGCCCGUGGUGUCAUGUAACUGUAGCUAUUGCCACAGCUCAGGUAGUCUGCAUGCGUUUGCGGGUGAUAUCGAGAUUCAUCAAGGAGCACAAUCUCUUACGGAAUAUCGGUUUGGCUCGCACUCUAUAAAAAUCUUCUUUUGCAAAACCUGUGGUGCCAAUGUGUACAACAGAUCGGUGAACCCAAAGUUCAUCUAUGGCAAAUGUGCUAUCAAUGUGCGCCUACUGCAGGGGGUUGAUUUGGAAGCCAUAGAAGUCACUAAGCGUGAUGGCAAGGACUUCUAUCCGCCACCUCUAGAGGGAGAUUCUCUCUAG